AUGCACCGCGCGGUAAAAAGCGAAACUAAAGGAAAAGCGGAGAAAAGUCGCUGGUUGCGAGGAAAAACAAGCUCGGAGCGCCGAUGCGUGGGCUAGCCAGAGCGAGAGGGGAGGGAAAGGAAAGGGAAACUCAAGGCCAGUGAGUUCCCGUUCCUCGCAAAUGAAAGUUGACUUAGCUUGACGUGAGGAGGCUAUAAAUCCCCCGCAAGUCUGACGAUUGCUCGGCAGUCGACGCGAGACGCUUCUUCACGAUGUCUUACACGGUGGUUUUCUUCGAUCUUGAAACAACUGGACUGGACACUCGAAACUGCGACAUCAUCCAGAUCGCAGCCGUCUGCGGCAUGGCGGACUUCAAUGCCUACAUCGUCCCCCGCUGUGAAAUCACCAGAGAAGCCAACGGCAUCACGGGCUUCUCCGUGGCGAACGGCGUUCUGUUCCGCCACGGGGUGGCCAUGCCCACCAUGCCGCUCCAGCAGGCUCUGAGCUCUUUCCUCGACUUCCUCUCCUCUUUACCGGAGCCCGUGUACCUGGCUGCUCACAACGCCAGCCGCUUUGACGCCCCCGUCCUUGACAGGGUGCUGAAGGAGUUCUCCCUCCUGCAGCGCUUUCAGAGGGUCGUGUCCAACUACCUGGACACCUUUCUGCUCAGCAAGAGGAUGUUCAGCAAUUUCUACAGCUACUCCUUGAAGUACAUGGUGGAGUACUUCCUGGGGAAGACCUUUGAUGCCCACAACGCUCUGGAGGAUGCCAGGAUGCUGCAGGAGCUCUUUCAGAAAUGGAGACCGGGCGGCAGUGCCGUGUACAAGUCCUUGAUCUAGCGCACGUGUCAAACCAAAAGGGCCCGGAGGCCAGAUGGGGCCCGGCAUGUCAUUUUGUGGGGGGGUGGGGGGGGGGGCACUCCCAAAGGCAAAAUCGUGUCGCGUAUUUUGCCAAGUGCCGUUGUUCAUUUUUAAUUUAAUUUAAUGGAAAAUCUUUACCAACAUUUGCAGUGACUGAUUUAGAAAUAUUUGUAAUCGCAUUGAAUGCGUAUGUGUCAACGUGUGAUGAGGCGAUGAUCCAUUGAAAUGAUUUUCGGAUAUCGGGAAACAAUAAGUACAACUUUGCCUGCCGUGAAAAUGAGUUUGAGCCUUUGGAAUGAUUGCGUCAUGGCCCUGUGGUUUAUUUUCAGGCUUCUGCUGACCAAAUAGAGCACAGGUGUCAAACUCAAAGCCUGCGGACCAAAUCCGACCCUCCGUGUCAUUUGAUACGGCCCGCAAAAGCUUAUAACUUUUUUUUUUUUGGUCCUAAGAUAAUGAUAAUUUAAAAAAAAUUCCAAUGAAAACCCUUCCAUGUUCACACAAAACAUAAGCACUUAUUUUGCCUCUUGUUCUUAAGCCGCAUGUAAUCCGACUGCAACUGUAAAACCAAACCGUGUAUCCACCUGUUGAAUUUUGUGAUAUCGUGACACCCUGAGCCGUUUAUGAGGUUUUACCGUUAUAUUCGCGCCCCCGCCAUCCGUUCCUGAGGGCAACCGCAGCCACGAUGUUGCCAACGCACCUUGUCGAGCUGAACGAGAGUACUUUAUGGGAUACAUUCAUGUGGAUGAAUGAGAACUUGUAUUUGGUAGUACUAAAAAGAUUUCUAUUUUGGAAGAUUUAGCACAAGCGAUGAUGGCCUUGAAAGUCAUUUUCGACUAAUUUGUGAGAGUAUUUUGUUUAAAAAGAAAUGUUAUAUGCACUUUCAUUGAACAUGAAGUACUUUUGUACCUCUGUAUGGCUUUUAUUAGCUGAGGAUGUGCACAGCCCAGAUUUCAACUUUGUAUAAUUUUUUUACUGCACUAUUCAUAAUAUAUUUUAUGAAACAUUUAUGCGAAUGAAAUGAGAUGCUUUGUGUUUUCAUUUGAAAUCGACUUUUCCAAAUACCCUUUGUGACGUAGAUCGGAACAAGGAAUGCUACUUACCGUGAUCCAUCCAUUGAUACGGUAAGUAUCAAUGGAUAGUGUUCGUAACAUUCAUUCCAUGUGGUCACUUAUAUUUUGUUCUCAUGCUCACGCAUUUUUACACCUGACAAUGUCAUCUUUUCUUUUUAUUUUCCCAACUUAUUUUGAUCCGCGAUAAUGCGUUUCUAAACACUUUUUUUUCUUGACAUUUGAUUUUUUUAAACAACAGAGCAAUAUGUUUGUUUGUUUUUUUAAUUAAAAAAAAUCAUGAAAACAAAGAUAAAGUUGUGUUUUUGGGAGCUGGAAUGGUUUACUGGCAUUCAAACUCAACUGGGAAAAUUAAAAUGUACGACCAGGUUUUGUUAUGAGGUACAGCUUUACAGGUGAGAAUUCGAAUCUGGAGCCUGAAUUUCAUUUAUUUGCCACGUGGGGGCGGCCAAGCGUUGUUUUGUAGCCAUCAGAGAGGAAGAAGUCUUCUUCGUUUGAAGUAUUUUAAAUGAUUGAGCGGUGCUUUUCUUGGGGGCACGAUAAUGGCGUGUAAAAGUUCUACUCUUGCCGUACUCAUGAUAUAGACCAAAUACUUAUCAAGUGUCUAUUCUGUUUCGUAUGACUAUUCAAGUUUAAGCUUUUAAACGUUCGAUGUUUCGACGGAACGUUUAAAAAAACGAUGCAGACGUCGGGGGCAGAUGGCUCCUCUCAGCAGCCGAUUGUUUUCUUCGACUUGGAGACCACUGGACUCGUAGAACCCCCGAAGAGGAAGCAUGUGAUGAUAACCAUAGAACUGGGACAUUGACCAGAAAACCUUGAACCAAUACAGAACGCCGUUUCUGUAAAAAGGUGAGCAUUGUUUUUAUUUACACUCGGCUCACUGUUUAAAAUGUUAAAACGAGGUCUGCGGCUAGCAAAUAUUUUUAGAAUCGAUGAUGCCGCGGAUCA